AUGACAACAACAACAAUAAUAAUAAACUGUCAGCUGUCAGAAAGUUUAUGGAAGAAGUUUAGGUUGCAGCAAGAGUGAUUCGGUAUUUUAUGAUAACUGUCACGUGUUCUUAUAAUUGACAUUUGAUUUAUCCAUUUAUUUUGAGAUUUUCUAUGCAAGCAUAAAAUGUAAAGAACAUUUAUUUCAAUAUCAUGCAGUUUCGGGGAAGAAAAUCAAAGAUAUUUACUCAGAAAGUAAGAGAAAUUCAGGUUGGAAUUAUUUUCUUUUGCCUACUUGUGUAUGUAGGAUUAUGUUACGUUGGAGUUUUUAAAGAAAAUGACGUGCUUAAUGAAAGGACAGCUGACACUUCGGAAUUUAAAAAUAUUAAAGCUGGAUCACGGUCCUUACUCUCUGUACUACCAAACUGCACCCCUCGAGCCAUAGAGCAGUUCCCGAGAGAUGUGUUCACUACAGCUGAAAGGAAGCAGGGCGCCAUUAUUCUCCAUGUUGCUGUCACAAUAUACAUGUUCCUUGGCUUUGCUCUACUUUGUGAUGACUACUUUGUACCUUCCCUUGAAGUCAUUUGUGAAGUGUUGCAUAUACAGUCUGAUGUUGCAGGGGCUACAUUUAUGGCAGCAGGGAGUUCAGCUCCAGAAUUGGCAACAGCUGUAAUAUCAAUCUUCAUUGCCAAGGAUGAUAUAGGUAUAGGAACUGUUGUAGGGUCUGCUGUGUACAAUGUCAUGUUUGUCAUAAGUAUUUGUGCUCUAUGUGCAGGCAUGGUUGUGAAUCUAAACUGGUGGCCGUUAUGUCGUGAUUGUUUAUUCUACACUAUCAGCGUGGCAGCUCUUGCAUUAGUUAUCAUGGAUGAGCAAGUAUUCUGGUAUGAAGCUGUGAUAUUUAUUAUAUUGUAUCUAGUCUAUAUCCUACUGAUGUACUUUAACACCUCUCUUGAGAUGUGGAUCGUGCCAAAAUUUACGUGUUGUGGAAUUCAUAAAAAAGCCGAUAACCUCGACGUGGUUGUCAUGGUAACGAGAAAUAAAGAAAAUGGACAGUCAUCUUUUACAAAUGCAGCAUCAAAUGAUCAUUUACAUGUAGAGUCAAAGUUUAUUGGACAAGAUACCUCUGACUUUGAUUCAGAUUUUGAAGAUGACGGUGAUGAUACUAAUGUGCCUUUAAUGAGAAACUCUUCUUUAUCAAAUAAACAACAAGAGUCCACUCAGGAGAAGACGGAACAUGUUUUAAGUAUACCAGAAACUUGGUGGAAGAAAGCAAUCUGGGGUGUAUCUCUACCACUAAAACUUCUGUUCUACAUCACCAUACCAGAUUGUAGAUAUACAAGAUGGCGGAGCUGUUUUAUUGUGACGUUUAUCAUGAGUCUAGUCUGGUUAUCUUUUCUUUCAUAUCUGAUGGUGUGGAUGAUAACUAUAAUAGGUUACACUGCGGGUAUAGCUGAUACAAUCAUGGGGUUGACAUUUAUUGCUUUUGGAGUGAGUUUACCAGAUGUUAUAUCAAGUGUUAUAGUGGUACGUGAGGGACUCGGGGACAUGGCUGUCAGUAACGCUGUAGGCAGUAAUGUGUUUGAUAUUCUUAUAUGUCUUGGAUUACCUUGGCUCAUACAAUGUUUAAUCAAAGGAAAAUCUGUGCAAGUCUACAGUCAAGGUUUAUUGUAUGCAACUUUGACUCUGCUAGCCACAGUGAUUUUUCUUCUCUUCUCUACACAUAUCAAUGGCUGGAGAUUAACUAAAAAAUUCGGUCUCAUACUGUUACUGGUCUAUGUAUUAUUUACUAUAUUAACUUCACUCUAUGAGCUCAAUGUAUUUGGCUAUGUACAUCCAAAAGAAUGUGUGUCUAACUAUUGAGAGAAACCUCUGUUUUUAUGUAUUUUUAUGACGAUACCAAAAACAAUGUGAUAUUAACAUAGAUUAAGCAAUUUUAUAACUUUGAACAGUUGGCAUAGCAACUUUAAAAUAUGAUAAUUCUUGAUACAUGACUUUGUGUUCAGUUUUAUUUAUACUUAAGUUUUCUCCAUGUCAUAAAAGUGUAGUCACAUAGAUCAAGCAACGUAUAACAUUAAAAAUUUUAGUUAAGAGCUUUUGUUAAUGUUUUCUAUAGUGGUAAUGUUUAGCUCAUCUUUUUCGAAUAAAAAGUCCAGCUAUUAUUAUUGCUGUGACAUUGUCAUCAUGUAAAACCUCUAAUAUAGCCCAUUAUUCAAAUAUUUUAUAAGUUAUCAAUGUGAAACAUGUAAUAUUUGCUUAUCAUGCCAAUGUGCAGUUGUAAGACAAUUCUGAAGGCAAAUUUUUGGAUUUAGAGUUAAAAUAGAUUUUUUUGUCAAAAUUGGUUAUGAUCAAGUUGUUGCCCUAGAAGAGCAUUAACACAGCUCUUGUUAUUCAUUUACGCCAUAUUAUCAGUUACAUGUAUAAGGAUUAAAUAUAAGUGUCUUUUUAUUUAUUGAAAGCUAUAGCAUUUUUUUAUUUUUGGAUGACAACGAAAGACUGUUUUAAGGGUAUGUUUUGAAGGGGUAUUUAUAUAUGGUAAAGUAAAUACCAAGUAGAAGCUUAAUCUUAAUUUGUAUUUUGCUGAACUUUUUUGUUUAACAAUUUUGUAUAUAUUCAAAGAUUAUUGUGCAAAAGUAUUUAACAAAACUUACAUAAAGAUUUUUUUAUGGUCAGAACAUUUUAUUGAUAUUAAUACAGAUUUCUUUUAUUUUAUGUCUUUAUAUUUGUUUUAAAUGGCUAUUAUAAAAUAGGAAAUACAUAUAAAGUAAAUGUUAACACAAUGGCAUUGCAAUAAAGAUGUUGGUUUAUAAAACACCCAAAACAUUUGGUGUUGACUGUAUACAAUGUGUUAGCUCAAGAAAGUUGAUUGUGUUAACUGUAGUGUUAUAUUUAAAAUUUUAUCAAUAGUUUUAUGGUAAUGUUGAUUGGAACCUGUGCACUGCAGGUUUGUUGUUUCAACCUAUGUAAUGUAGGUUUGAAAAUUAAAACCUAACCUGUGUACUAUGGUUUGGUAGGUUUGUAGUUUUGAACCUGUGAAAUUUAGGUUUGUAGUUUCAAACCUGUGUAAUACAGGCUUGUGGUUUCAAACCUGCAUACUGCAGCUUUGUAAUUUUGAACCUGUGUACUACAUGUUUGUAGUUUCGAACCUGAAAUGUAGGUUUGUAGUUUCAAACAAGAGAAAUGCAGAUUUGUAGUUUUGAAAUAAUUUACUAUAUGCUGCUGGUAGCAGGUCUGUUCUUUUAUGGAUAAGUUUAGGUAAUUACAAAACAAGCCUAUCUUUAUGUACAUGAGGUAACCAGUAUAGUUUGCUCAGUUGGUAUGUGUGAAUGAUAUAUAAGGUCUGAUGGUUGAAUGUGUGUAACUUUUAUAAUACACUAAGUUGAAGGCAUUUUAAAAAAUAAAUGAGUUCCCUACCACAGUCUCUUUUGGGAAUGUUCUACUAACGGCGUUUGUGAAAACAGCUUAAUUAGUUCUUGUUCAAACUUAAGGAAAAUGUUUAUUUUUGUAACUCAGGCCUGUAUAUUUGACGAAAAUAUUGUAAGAAACGGUACAUAAUCUCGAAGAUUGAAGGAAAAUGCCUGUUUUUUUCUGACACAUGCAUCUGAUGAAAAUGUUCUUACAUAAUCUCAAAAAUAACAAAACACAGACAUGGCAAAUUCAGGUAGGCUAGUUCUGUAUUGUGUCUGGUAUUCACUGGUAGAGUUAAUUUCAGGUUGUGAUUUCUAUGUAAAUCUUGUUACUAUAUAAUAUAAAAACAAUUUUUUGUAUGUUUUUACUUACAUAGUCUAUAAUUAUAAAUGUGAUAUCAAGUGUAAAUUUCUACAAUGUGUAAUAAAACUUACAUUUUCAGUACAAAUGUGUUGUUAAAAACUACGCAUAGCUCUAUUUAUUAAAGUUUAUAAGUAGUGUUAUAAAGAUAUAAUUUAUUAAAUUUUUAUGCUAGAUUUUUAUUUUAUGGUUUACUGCUGAAUUUCUAUAUAUAUUUACUGAAUCUCUUUCUCUAUAUUAUUUUUACAUACUUUCUGCAAAGCUCAAAUUUAUUGUAGCUUCAAUAAAGAAUCUAUGUAUAUUUUGUAUAUAUAUUUAAUCAUUUAUAUUUUCUAAAUAUGAUUGGGUGAAAGUUUGGGUGAAAGGUAUAUUUAUAUGUUUAAAGAUGCCUUCUAUAGUACAUAGAGGAUAUUCAAGUUCUUCUAUAAAUACAGGAUUUAUUUUCAUUGAGUGGUAUGAAAAUAAAUAUUUCAUGAGUGUCAGAAGCCACGAGUGAAAUGUGAUAAUUUUCACAAGAUGAAUUUACCACAAGAUGAAAACAAAUCCUGUAUUCAUAGAAAAAACUUGAAUUUUUUUGUUUAUUAUAUAUACUUUCUCUCUUUUUUAACCUUGUAAAUAGGAAGAAUUUUCUUUUAACUUUGUGUAUUGGCUGAAUAUAGAAGAAAGUAGUCCGACAAAACACCAGUGAAAAUAUGGAAAAUAUGUUUCACUGCAGUGAAAAGUAGAUUUUACGGUAAAUAAAACACGCAUUUUAUUUCAUCAAUAUUUCAUUUAUAAGUAUGUAAUAAAUAUAAUUAUUGUGUAAUAUCGUUUCUUACAUAUUUACGCAUAUUUCACAUAAUUUUACAUACAGUACUGUAGGAUA